AUGGAUUCCAGUUUAAGAAAUAGCAGAGGGAGAAGAAUAUUGGCUUUAAUUAAUCACCGUGUAGAUGGACCUCCGAAAACAGUGUCAGAUGAAAAAGAAAACGAUGAUACCAAUGAAAUUGAGGGCAAUGUUUCUUCAAAGGAACAUAGCAGUGGAAAUACUCAACGCAGUCGCUCCAACAGCUCCUCUUCCUCGAGCUCUUCCAAUAGCAGUACAAGUCCUUCAUCAUCUACUUCAUUCAUUGAAGAUAGUGAUGAUUCCGUCAAGGAUCCUCCCUACCAACCACCUGACAGUCAAUCCCCCGUGUCUCCAAUAAUGUUUGACUACUUUAGUGAAAAUGAUAAUGAACAAUUUAGACAGUUGCCGGUACAAUCAGAUUAA